AUGGAUUUCAUAAUAGACACAGUGGGUGAUGAUGCACUGCAGAAUAAAACAGAAUUAUUAGUUACUGAAGACAAAUUGUUUAUAGAAAAAGAGAAGAAAACUGAAGCUAUUUUACAAUUAUUUUACGAUAAAAAGCAAGAAUUAGAUACUAAAAUAAAUGAGGAGGAAGAAAUCCAAAACAAGCUCAAAGGUCUUAAAAUAGACAAUUUGUUUGAUGAAUUUUUCGAUGAUAUGAGAUGGACAAACUCUUUAUUGAUUAGAAGGAAAAAGAAUAGAAAGUUUCAUUUCGAUCAAUUAGACAAAGAGACUGGCAAAUUAGCUUCAAACUUAGGAGGUGUCGAUGUUGAGAAGGAAAUUCAGAAAUCUGUCUUAAAACCGGGAUUAGAAAAAGAACAUACCUUACCGAAAUAUAAUAUUAGUGAUAAAGAAUUGAGGGCUACACGAAAGAAAGAGAGACAAAACACUAAAGGACCUGGUUGGUUCAAUAUGCGUGCCCCAGAAGUUUCUGAAGAACUCAAGAACGACCUGCAAGUGCUUAAGAUGAGAUCGGCCCUGGACCCUAAACACUUUUACAAAAAGAAUGAUAUGGAAGUAUUGCCGAAGUAUUUUCAAGUUGGUCGUAUCUUGGAUUCUUCUCUGGACCAUGUAAAUGAAAGAAUAACCAGGAAGAAUAGAAAAAGAACAAUGGUUGAAGAACUGUUAGCUGACGCCGACUUCCAGAAGUACAAUAAGAAGAAAUACAAAGAGAUCAUAGACGAGAAGCGAAAGACAGAAUACAGAACAGUCAUGAGGGAUAAGCGACAAAAAAAUAAAGCGGCACAUAAAAGUAACAAAUUAAAAGCAAAAAAGACUGCCAAAUAA